AUGCUUACAACCGGAGAAUGGACGGAAGUCCGGCGAAGAAGGAACUGGAAUACAGAACUUACGAACUACUAUGUGACGGGAUUUCCCGACGACAUCAGGAAAGAAGAACUACGUGAGCCAUUCAGCAUGUUUGGGAAGGUAGCCGAUGUGUACUUUGGAUUGAAGAAGGAUUACCAAAGAAGGAACUUCACUUUUGUCAGAUAUGCUGGCAUCAAAGAUGCAAAGGUUAUGGAAUUGAAGCUACAGGGCAUCAAAUGCAGAGGUACGAUAUUGGAGAUUAACAUCUCAAAACACCAACGAAAACCCAAACAAUAUCAACGUCAAGAAACAUUCCGGCAGCCCAUACCAAGAAAAAAUAUUCAAACCAAUAACAACCAUCAUGCUCAACAAUACUUUUCGAACGUUAGCGGUAACAAAACUUAUGCUCAAAUGGAGGAACCAGAAGAAGGUGAAAUUCGACCGGAGGACGUGACGGCAACUGACGUCCAGCCGAACGACCAUCAAAUUCCGGCAACCAUAAUACUAUCCCCGACGAAGUCACUGACUGUCAAAGGAAACGAAAAGUCCCCAAAUAAUUUACCGUUGAAACCAAAUCACGAGGCGGCGUGCAUCAAUGCAUUAACUAAUAUUAAUUCUGGUACGUCGUAUGAAAUUCCCAACAUAUUUUCUAAGUUAACUAAUACCCACAAUAAGGAGCAUACCCCCAUAAAUGGGCCAUCGGAUACAUAUACUCUUGGGCCAUUGGAGAAGUUAGUCCCACUUGGUUGUUUUGGGCCAUUUCCCAACAAUAACGUGCCAUUUUCAUUUACAUCGGUCCAAAAAAAUGAUUCACAUUCUAAUUCAAAUAGUGGAGGUGGACCCAAACACAAAAAAAGAAAAAGAGAUAAAGUAGCGCUGAUUCCCCCAAACUCAAAUCCCUUAUCACAAGACCUUAACUAA